AUGGUGAAAAGGUUUAAAAGCAGCACCAAUGCCAACGCCAAAACCAACAACUCCCCAGUCGACCCAGCUGGUCCCCCUUCUGGUGGAACUACCAACCCCAGCCAGGCCGGCGCCAACACCCGUCAACCUGUCGGUUGGAAUGACCCGACAGCAGGGCCUUACCAGCGCUAUGGGGGGAUGGACUGGCCGAAUCUAUCCCACCCCCACGCACCACAUGCCAUGCCACAGUACCCUCCUCCAGGAUAUCUCACUCAAUAUGCACCGGUACAACCCUUACCCACCCACCUCUGGCCCGAACGAUGCCCCGCAUGGACCAUACCACCCUCCGCCCCCCAUUGCUGGCCCAUCUCGCCAACCCGCGCUCUCUUACCCCUCCCUGAGGAUGACGAUGACGACUUUCCACCCACUCACAAGCUGCUCCCGAAGAUUGCAAAACCUGCCUCGAAGGUGGCCGGCAGCCGCUGCCCUGCUCCCUCAAAGGGCAAGGGUAAACAGAAAGCCGACACCCCAGCGACUGUCAGCAAGCGGAAGGCAGCUGGUCAUGCUGACAACGAACCGGCUGCCAAAUGUGUUAAACGUGGUGGCCGUAUUGCUGGGGCUGUCAACUACAAUGACGAUGACAUCGACCAAUUGCUUGACCUUCUUGAAGACCACCUCCCCACCGGUGGAUAUGGGUGGAACACCGUUGGCGCUGCGUACAAUGAGUGGGCAAACAGCUGUGGACGGCCCGAGAGGACGGUUAAGUCCUUAGAGCUGAAAUACAAACAGUAUGUUCGUGCCACAAAGCCAACAGGAGAUGCAGAAUGCCCACCCUACGUUGAGCGCUCUCAUUACAUUGAGAGUCUCAUCAACAGCAAGGCCGAGACGCGAGAUUUGGAUGACUCGGAGAUUGUCGAUGUUGUCGAACUCAGUUCUGGAUCUGAGGACGAGGAUGAGGACCACGAGACCGACAAAGAAGAUGCCGACCCACCGCGCAAGGACUCUACCAACACCCAACGGCAGCGUGCAACCAAGUCGAAGAUCAAGAAGGACACUGAAGAGCGUGGGCCCAUGGCUCGCCGCCCCCCAGCUGACAAGAUUCUUCAGCCUCGUGCUCGGAAUUCAUCCCGGAACGAUGCACAGCAGCUACUGUCCUCAAUCUCUACUGCUCUUGAUCCCGCAACUCAGGCUGCCCGCGACGAGGAUCGGGCUUCGCGUUCAUUGCACACGACUCAGCUGCUCACAAUGGGCCAACAACUCCGCGAUGCACAUGCCACAAUUGAAAGCCUACGCACCCAGCUCCAGCAGGCCGAACGAGCAAGAUAUGAAGCGUCAGGCGGAUCGUAUCGAGUUGAUGUCCCUCUUUCGCCGCAGUAA